AUGCAUUCAUUUAGUGUUCACACGGUUGGAAUCUGUGGUUCUGAUGUUCAUUAUUGGACUCAUGGAUCGAUUGGUAGUUUUGUUGUGAAGAAACCGAUGGUUCUUGGACAUGAAACUUCGGGCACCGUUUUCGGGUUGGGAAGUGGUGUUAAGGGAUUCAAAGUUGGUGAUCGAAUAGCGCUUGAACCAGGUAUUCCCUGUAGAGGUUGUGAGCAAUGCAAAACUGGUAGAUAUAAUCUUUGUCCUGCAAUGAGGUUUUUCGCUACACCUCCAGUUCAUGGAUCCUUGGCAAGAUACGUGGUUCUGGACGCGGAUUUAUGCUACAAGCUUCCUGAUAAUGUUUCAUACGAGGAAGGUCCCAUUGGAAUACUGUGCAUGAUGACUGCUAAGGCUGCAGGAGUAUCAGAGGUCGUGAUUAUAGACCUCGAAUCGAGGCGCCUCGAGCUAGCAAGAACACUUGGGGCCGAUCACAUCAUUUGCGUAAAAGAAAUGUCUCCAUCUGACGUACGUUCAGCUGUUAUCGACCAUUUAGGGACUGAACCAGAUGUGACCAUAGAAUGCACUGGAGCGCACACUUGCAUAGAGACGGCUAUACGCACUACUCGCUCUGGUGGUGUGAUCGUGCUUGUAGGAGUGGGUGCACUUCGGGCAGAGCUACCCAUCAUAGAAUCAGCCCUGCGAGAAGUGGAUAUCAGAGGUGUUUUUAGAUAUGCGAAUUGCUAUCCGUCAGCGAUUAAUCUUGUCUCAUCUGGUCGAAUUGACCUAUCCGGUUUAACCAGAGCCCACUACACGUUGGAGAAUACUCAAGAGGCCUUUCAUCGGGCCUUGAAAGCUGAUGUAGUCAAAGUGUUCAUUAGUUGUCAAAAAUAA